CAUUGCCCGGCUGUCCACUCGAUGAUGCCGCGGAGGUGCCGUCGGCCUGCUGCCUCCUGCUGCUGAGGACGGGCGCCGCAAUUCUCGCCCAUAAAAGGUCGCAGCAGCCCCCAUUCGCUCCGUCCCUACUUCGUAGCGAUCGACAACCCUCCCGCCGUCUUGCCUCGUCCUGCUUCCAGAAAGCGAGGCUCUAGUCCUACAAUGGCGCUAAGGAAAAGCCCGCGAGAAUUCUUCGGCAAGGGGAGAGAGAGGGGCUCUGAACAAUGCAACGACAGGAUCAAUGAUUCUGCUGUCUUCAAGCAUGUCACACCCAAGGUGCUGAAAGAGUACGGACGCAUGAUCGGCCUCUGGAACCAGUACGCUGAAGACCAUGCUCGAGACGACCCGAGUCCUUACAAGGUUAAAUCCUUGAAGGACUUUAUCAAGGAGAUUGCAUUUGGCAUCGACGGCGCAGAAGGCGAUCCGAACCCUGGCCAAGGAACGGUCAUGCUAUACUGGAAGCAGUUCAUGGCCGGUUGGCGCCGUGAACAUGAGGCCAUCCCCGCUAAUAUCACACCGUCUGUGACAAAUUUCAUCAAGUCCGAGCUGCCCGAGAUACUACAAGAAAGCAAGAUCAGGCUGGUGAAGAGCAAACGACUUAGGAGGUUUGGCACGAAGAACCACUUCGUCCAUCUUGGGCAUCAGCUGUGGGGGAACGACUGGGUCGAAUACGAGAGGCCUGCAACAAGAGUCUACGACUGGGCCGACUUCAUGGCGAUUGUUUGUUCUUCUGCACGUAUCGGCGAAUACAUCGAGUCCACCUGUCGGGCAGGUUCGGGUCGUGGCAUGUACUACAAGGACGUGACGUUUGGCGUGUUUCGUAACGAGCAUGGUAAUGCGGAGUUCGCCAUCCAGCUCGUCCGAGAUGCCAAGGGCAUGACAGACAACCCUGAUAAAAGGCCCGAGCAUGCGCUGUAUGAGGGGUUGGGUCCGAUGCCUCUAAUCUGCAACGCGAUGCUCCCAAUGCUGGCUAUCCUUAUCGCAGCCAAAGCGUUCAGAGAUUACGACACUCUGAAAGACUUCCUUGACAUAAAACCACCAGAAGGCGAGAUGGUCCACCUGCGAUGGAAGGACAGCAUUCUUGACCAACCCUUUUUCAAAAGCAUGUCCGCGAGGAAGACCGCUGGCAAGAUGGAAUCGGCAAAAGCGCUCAGCAAACGGCUUCGGGCUUUGGGUUUCCGUGCCGGGUAUCCCCAUCCGCCUACCAUCCACGACUUUAGAGCGGAGGGUCUGUACUGGAUCGAUAAGCUUUAUUCAGAGGCCCAAAGGAUGAAGCACGCAGGCCACAUCGACCCUGCCACCUACAACAAACACUACCAACCCAACAACAGCGGCACAGACGGCCAGGCGAGCUACUUCGGCCAGGAAGUGCGCAGCAUCGUCAACGAUCUUUUUCGCGGCUUGACCGUGCCGCGCAAUCCCUUGCUUCCGCAGUCUCUGCCGGCAGAAAAGCAGGAAGCAUUGAAGGCCAGCCCCGAAUUCAUCGCAAUUGAGAAAAAGGCCGCAACUUUGUCAGGGCGACAGGAUCAGAAGUCGACUUCGCUCCGCAAAAAGCUCUAUGAAGAGAAGAGAAGGCUGGCCGACCGUGAGCUCCGACAAUGGCAAAAGACUCAGCCACACGGCACAGGCACGUCCGGGACCGCCACGUCCCCGCCAUGCUACCACCGGGGCAUUUUCAACCGUGUCAAGUUCCUAAUGCCCGAACGGGACCGCCUCGCGUCGAGCCUCUUCGAGACUGACACCUUGCGGAGCCCGACCGGUCUCCAAGCCCUCGGCGAUAUGAUCGCUUUAUGCGAGGCAGACGCAGAAGUCAAGUUUCGGCCGGGGCUGGAGCCCGAGAAGUGUCGAUGUGCCGACCCCAUGUUUCGCCGGAACCUGCCCCAGUCUGCCCCCGCCGCUGGCGCCAGACAACCCACUUACGACUGGAAACACAUCUACAGCUGCGUCAAGAAGACACGCAGUGGCUUUGUCGAGCUUUGCUUUCUGUGCAACAAGUGGGUGUUCGGCAAACUCGAAUGGAGCGACCACUGCCGCUCGCAUCUUGCUUGCCCGGACGAGCUCCCUGUGCAGUGCGACCCCCUUCUUUACGGUGGAGUGCUUGCCACCGCCGGCUACUGCUUGUUUUGCAUAGCGGACAAAUCGCUGGAGCCUGAGCUGCGCCUUCGUCAGUUUCUGGACAGAGGCCCAUGGAAAGACCAUGUUUUUGAUCAUUACGAACGAUACGUCCAAGCUGUUGACGACAAGAAGCCGGUUACCUGCCCUUAUCCUAGCAUUCGAUGCGGUGGCGCAUUCGACUCUGUGAAGCAUCUCAAAUUCCAUCUUCUGGACGCCCACUGCCGAGACUUUGUCAAGGAGUCAACGUCGCUGGAGCUAGAAGAGAACGAUGACGUGAAACCGGCACCGGCCAAGAGGCAGCGGAAGCGAAGCGCCGAGCUUGAUAGGGAAGCUAAGGUCGACACCUACCACUUCGUUGAUGAGACGGUCCAAACAGCAUGUCGACAUCGAGCGGCUGCUGCGUCUUUGCCGUCGCCUUUCGAAGGCCACGUGUCCCCGCCCGACAGUUGCCAGAUCCAGGGCUGGUCGGAGGACGGGGAUGCUGGAAGCGGCGAUGUUCUGCUUCGUUCGCCAUCGUCUCUAGACAAUGACGGAGUGGAGGAGUGCUCUGCCUUGAUUGUAAGUAAAUUCUGUGGGAAUUUUAAAAAGAUUUGACCCUAACGAGAAAUUCCCCAGGAUCCCGGGAUGCUUCUGGAGCAGAGUCCUCCAGGUUCGAUACUGUCGGCUCACGAUCCGGCAAGCGACGAUCCCUACUCCCUCCCGCCAGCGGAUGCGAUAGCCUCUGGCCUUGCCCCGUUCCCUUAUGUGAACCCAGCAGAGAUAUUCUGCCAAGAGAUGCAUGAUACGCCCCUACAAGUGUGCGGCAGUCCUGGCGGCGACGGCGGCAGCAACAGCGACCAAACCGGCCUUACCAACGAUAUGGUACAAAUCGCGUUGGAUGGUGAUUUCCUCGGAGCUAGCCACGACUGCAAGGAUGAUAACGUCGACCUCCCGCCGCCCAACUCCGGCGUCACGCCGCCUCCUACGCCGACUUCCCCACACGAUCCCCCGCUUGACGGUGGAAAAAAGAGGCGGAUCAAGCUGGUUAAACAUAAGAAAAGGACGUCUGAGGCGAGCGAUAGCACAGAGGAGCCACCUAAGAAAAGGAUUAAAAUAAUCCUUAGAAUUUAACUCUAGGUUUGGGUAGAUUGUAUUUUGAUGGAUGUCAAACGGGCAAGUUCGUGGGAGAUGGAACAAUCGGAUAGAAGCAGAACCCAAGGGAUGCAGCAAGUAGCGUUAAAGUUUGUCCGUUAAAUAAAUCUCUUCACUGCAAAAAGGUCAGAAGGGC